CUGGGCUUCCGGUGGCGGAGGUUAGAAACCUGGAGAGUCGCUGAAGGGGAAGGUCGCCGCUGCUUCUCGGGUUCCCCGCCGGGCGUUUUCCGGCCACGAUGUUCAACUUCAUCUCCGCCCAGUUGAAGCGGACCCCGAGCUUGCUUCCUCUCUUCGUCCUACUUGGGGUCACUGUGUCAGGCUCCUUGAUGUUCCUUUUCCGUGUUGGUGCUCGAUGCCCUGACUACACAUGGAGCAAAAAGGAAAACCCGGAGCCUUGGAACAAACUCCCGCCUACUUACCAGUACAAGAUGGUUACCAUUCAGACAGACUACAGCAAACUGAAGAAGGACCGUCCAGACUUCUGAAGAGUGAAGAAUGUUUCUCCCGUUAACAAGCUGCACAAAAUGAAGGUCUUUUGGGCUUCCGUCAAGUCUUGUACUUACUCAUCCAGGAAAUUUAGUUGUGUUUUGAACCACUUGUCAGAAAAAAAGCUUGUUGGGACCUAAAUAAAAGCCUAUUACUUGAAA